UUUCCUUUGACAUUCUUUUACAAGAACAUUGAUCCUUGGCCCUCCCCGAACGUUACCGAAUGCUCGCGAAAAUUACCGAGGGAUCAUUUACCACAGAUCGGUAAUGAUCGUUUCCAGUCGGGCCAGUCGACGAAGACCGAAUCAUGCAAGAUGGCGUCGGAGACGAACUGCUGCGAUCAGGAAAGCUGUCUUUCCAACUACACCCUACACGACAUGUUCCGCAUUGUUGGCGACCAAAUGACUGAUAGGGACCUUAGAGUACUCAACUUUUUGUUCACAGACAUUCUGGGUGAAGAGCAACGGUUCAAAAUCGAAACUGGACUCGACUUUUUCUUGGCUCUGGAGAAACUGAAUCGUUGCGACGAGACCAACUUCAAGCAGAUUCUGCACCUCUUGCGGAUCAUUACCAGACACGACCUCAACCAUUAUGUACAACAGCGUAGGAGAAAGACAGUAAAUCCAGAUCCAGUAGACAAGUACCUGGAAGACACAUCCCCACGAACAUACACCAUCACAGGGACGGGCCAGUCCAAACUGUGCAGUCCUGGCAAACAGACAACCCUCCCAUCUUCAAUAUGCAGCUAUAAACCACAGGAGCCAGCAGACAUGGGACCAAGUGGGAAGAGAAAGGCCAGAGGAACAGGAGGAGGGGUGCAGAAGAAGGUGUGCAUGAUGCGGGGAGGGAGGAAGGUGGAGUAUGAAGAAGUGGAAGAACCCAAGGAAAGAGAAAAGUUCACAUGUGACAUCCGGUUGCGUGUCCGCGCGGAGUUCUGUCAGCACGACACGGCGCUACAGGGGAACAUCUUCUCCAACAAGCCCUCGGAGCUGGAGCGGCAGUUCGAGCGCUUCAGCCAGGCCAACACCAUCCUCAAGUCCCGCGAUCUCGGAGCCAUCAUAUGCGAUAUUAAGUUCUCAGAACUGACCUAUCUUGAUGCAUUUUGGCGCGACUACAUAAACGGGUCACUAUUGGAAGCUUUGAAAGGAGUUUUCAUUACUGACUCACUCAAGCAAGCUGUGGGUCACGAGGCAAUAAAGUUAUUAGUCAAUGUAGAUGAGGAUGAUUAUGAGGCUGGAAGGGUUAAGCUGUUGAUGAACCUUACACAGUGAGGACACAACUGUUACACUUUACACUGUCCAUCUUCCAUACCUACAAGGGUUACUGUACACUCCAUGUACACCACACAUCACAACUACAGACAUGCUCAAUUCAUCUCAGUCAUUUUAUUUCCCAAGAUACAUCUGUAGUUUCUUUUACUUUGCUACCAGAAGUUCUUGUAGUGCAGUGCUACAUGUUAAACAUCUACACACAGUUGUUUUCAGAACGUUGAACGGUGUAACCUUGAUUACCUAACAAAUUGUAAGCUAGGAAGGUAGGUCAGGGUAGGUGAAUAACUGAGGUUGGACUGUAAUACAAACAGAAGAUAUCCAAAGAUCCAUAUAUGAUAGAUAAACAUUUCAUAUGAUGUCAGUUCAAAUAACCAAGCUUUUUGUGUCUGUUGUAAGGUGGACAUGUGCUAUGUUGUGGGGCUGUAUAUGUUGCACAUGGGGUAACGAUGAGUUGGCCUGUAAGGGCUCUUGCAGUUUUACCACCAGUUAGUAUAUUUGGUGUAAAGUUGCUGUUGAUAUUUGUACAUUUUUUGUAAAUUUUCCUUAGCAGGACCAUUAUCCUAAUUAUCUGUAGAUGCUGGUUUGGAGUCAUUAACAUUGACCUUAACUUCAGCAUACAUACUGUAACAUAUAUACCUAUGUGUACAGUUGAUUUAAUGAUAUAACCCAUUUUUGUAACUAAAAGUACUUGAGUUUGUAUGAAGAGAAGUUUGGUUAAGUGUUCCCAUAGCAACGUCAUCCUAUAAUGUUGCAAAUGUGUCGGUUCCUGAUAUGUAUACCUGAUGGAUUUGUAUUUUUGUUGUCUUGUAUAAUAGUUUAAUACACAACAUCCUGACAAUUUGUACUCCCCAAAACCCUAUGAUGGGAAACAACAGCUGUAACCAGCACACACCUGAGAUAUACACACUGUAGUACUUCAAUUCAUACAAUGGAUGACUUUUGUCAAACCAUGUUUGAUAUGCAAAUACUUAUCUUAUUGCAUGGAAUCAUUAUCAUACAGUAUUCAAAACACAGUACAAGUACUAUCUCGCAACCAUGUAACACAGUGCCUAAUAUAGUUUUGUUAAACCUUUUCUUUAAACAAAUAUUUUUUGUCAAUCCAUGCUACUCGGUUGAUACCAUGCAAUAAUUUGAAAGUAUAUUCUUAGAGCUUUGGUCAUUCCAGUAAGAAGCUGGGAACUGUGUCCCUAAAAUGCACAAUUACAUAUGCAGGACUGGUGUUAAUAGUUGAUGUGCACAAAGGUCUUACUUGUUGAGUACUGAACUGCUGAAACUGUUUGUCAGUAUUUGCUUGCACACUAACAAAAUAAUCCUUGUGGCUUUUGGAAGCAUACUGAUUGUAGCCUCCAUAGCAGGCUCUCUGGGCCUUCUUAAAAAUUUUUUUAGGAGAUCAUAAUACAUUUUUGCUUGCCAUUUCUUUUUGUACUUGGUUUCUUGUGCCGCCGGCCUGUACCUUAAGCUUAAGUUGCCCAUGCAUCAUUUUGAUGCAUUGGUCCAUAGACAGCAGCACAAAUGAUCCAGUACAAAAAAUGGCCAGCAAAAGUGUAUUGUGAGGAAAAAAGGCCCAGAGAGCCUGCUAUGGAGGCUAUACUGGUUACACAUGUGGUCAUUUCCCUUAAGAGGCAUUGCUAGCCACACAGAUACCAUUCCCUGCAAACAAACCUCUCAGUUUAGUACUCGGCAUCUUACCUCCGGCAUAAUUCCUACCUGCCUUGAACUGGAAACACUACAUCUGCUUGUAGACCCACAGGGCAGGUAUUGCUACAUCCCUGGGGAGACAGGAACUCAUGUACCUGUCCUGGGGGCCGUACUAGAUCCAAAGAAUAGUAACAGUAGGUACCAAUGGAGUGCCUUUGCUCUGACGAUAAGCAAAAACUAAUAACUUUAUUGUAACACACUUGAUAUAUUACUAGUGAACAAUCUGCUCAUGUGGAAGACUGGAUGUACAUGUACUUCCCAUCUCUGUAGAAAAGAGGGCUCUUGGAGCAUUGAUAUUUGUUAGUCAUCAAAGAUAAUUACCUGAAGAAAUCUCAUUAAUACCUGAUAUUGCUAAAAGCCAAAGAUUAAAACCGUAAAUAUUGCUAGAAAAAACAAUAUUGAGUGAACUCUUGCUAUGUGUGUGUCAGACCUUGUCUUUGUUAGCCUGUGCAUGAAAAAGCUAUCUUCAGAUUGUAGCAGAGACAUAAUGUUGCUUCUUUCACGAAUGUUACAAAAGUGUGGGAAGAUAUAUCUUAGAAUUGUCACGAACAGAAGAUAUCUUUUAAUGGAAAGUUACCUGUUGUUCUGAAUGGGUGUUUGUAUUAAGAUAGUUUCCUUUGCUUUGUCUUAGUGAGCCUGUACAGUACAUUUUCACUGCACAACAGUGUUUAUAAAUGAGGCUUUUGUUAAAUGUUAUGGAACUCAGUGAAGAUAUGUUUGAUUUACUGUGACAGGCUUGCUAAAAAUUCCUUGGAGAUUGAGCUGUUGAUAAAAUAUGCAAUGUUAGAUGCAAUGUUAUAAUCCAACCAUCCUGUAUCAGAUGACCUCACAGCUGAUACAAUGUACCACAAUCAUGGUGAAAAACCAUGGUCUCAGAUGAAAUUGUUAUUUUCUUCCAAAUCUUUUCAAAUUUGGUCAGCUAGCCAACAACCAUGUUAACAGUGAAAAACAACCUCUAAACCUUUUUAAAGCUAACUUAUUACUACUCUGGAUUAGACUAGAAUUUGGACAGAUGACAACCCUUAUAAGUAGUACAUGAGCAUAGCUCAGACCUAUUUUAUCUAUAAUAUUGUACUUCAGACAGUAGCAACUGUUUGGCAUGUAAGACAUGUAACAUAAGUACUAGACAAUGACAAGAAAAGUUGGCUUCUUCUUUUUCAGACGUUUGAUUUACAGUAAAAUAAAGACAUGAAACUAUGAUCACAAUGAUGAAUGUACAGACAGGUUUGUAAACUGUUCUUGGUCCAGUGGAACCUGGAUGAUAAUGUAAUACAAUGUACAUGUACAUGUACAUGUACAUGUAAAGGAAGGUCUACAGCAAUUUUGGUACAUUCAAGGCAGAGCUCAUUCUCCUAGGAAUUACGAUUGACUGGCCUUACCUGAAAUUGAAUGGAGACGUUCAUAUUUUCUGUUCUAGUGAGGAAAAAUGAUUUUAGAAGAUAUUCAACACCCGUUUGGGAAUCAAAAUGUAUUGCCUAAAACUCAUACCAAAGGAAGCAAAGAGUUGUUUGUAUAUUUAGGACUUGAAUGGUGCAAGUAAGAAACCUAUGUAGACCAUGAAAAUUAAGAUUGAGAACUAUGGGGUAUUUACGUGACUUGACAAAAGUAAAUAAUUGUUUCAUUGUCCUGUUUUUAAUUCAUUUUCUUUUUUUCAGUAUGUGUCAACUGACUAAGUGCCUUUUUUAAAAUCCACUGAAUCCAAAGAUGUAACACAAGAGUUGAUACACUACUCUGGUGUGUUGAAGUAUGGGAAAAUGUGCUAUGAGUCUAAAACCUUAUGCUGUAUUGUUUUCAUUAAUACCAAUACUUCUUAUCAAGUGAUAUUUUGUGGAUGUUAUGUAUACUCUAGUACUAAGCUGUAUUAGCUCCUAACAACUUCCAAAAGAUAGUUUCUGUACACAGUAAUUGUGAAUUCUGAUGGUGUUGUGGAAAAAAGUCAUGUUUGCUA